AUGAGCAACCGCGGACCAGUCGAUGAUCCUACGAUCGAAUCCUUCCCUCAUCGAUCCGCCAGGGCGCCUCAGGACUAUACGCAGGGCUCUCUGAAACAUAAAAUCUCCCCCACUUCAUUACAGCAUCGACAACUAUCAGAUGCAGAUGCAGACGCAGAUGCAGCGAUCACAGGGCCGGAAGAUAACGCGGGAAGUUCUGCUACGAAUAGUACAGCAGGUGGACGGAGAAGCAAAUCCGUCAGUGGCACCGGCUCUCGCGGGAUUUCUAACCUUACACCGGAGAAACUAGCGAAGAAGCGCGCAAAUGACCGUAAUGCCCAGCGUGCAAUCAGGGAGCGGACCAAAUCGCGGAUCGAGUCGUUGGAGCAGCAGGUGAAAGAGCUAUCGUCACAGAAACCGUUGCUGGAUCUUCAGGCGCGGGUAGAUGUGCUCCAGGCAGAAAACCAAGGACUCAGGAAGGGGAUGGAGGAUAUAAUGGAGAAUCUCCAGUCGUUGCUCUCGCGGAAGACAUCAGUGCCGCGUCCUCCUCUUUUCCAACCUAUUGAUUCUGUUCAUGCGUCUUCGGCCGUAUCUUCCACUACCCAGAGAUUAGCAGCAGCUGGCCCGUCGCAUGCUCAACCGCCUAAUAUUGGAGCGCGUCUUUCCACCCAUACUACGUCUACGACUGAAACAGCGCUUAUUGGUGUCAAUUACAAUCCUGAUAAACAUCCCGCACCUGUGCACGCCAUACUUGACUAUCAACGUCGCAAGCUCACCCAUGGCCUGGACUUUUCUUCGGAAGAGAAACUGGGGUUCAAUUUUCUGCUGGACCACUCUCGACAUGUCUAUGAAGCCGAAGGAAUAAAAUACAUAUACUCUCAGUCCGGUAAUACGCCACGACUAGUAACUUCCCAUUCGACUCCGAUCCGAAACAUUGCCCCGACAUGUACACUCGACGCCAUCCUUCUGGAUUUCCUGCAGAAACGCCAGCGGGAAGCAGCUCAGAGGAUGUCGGUACAGAAAGUGCCUGGGCCAUUGCGCACAAGUGUCUCGUCUCUACUUAACCCUGAGGUAACUGUCUACUCACCCUCACUGUCGAAGGUCCUCAUCGAUGUUCUUCGUGCCUUUCCGGGACUCUCAUCGCUCCCAGAACAGGUAGCGGUACUUUACGUCAUAUUCCUUCUCAUACGAUGGCAACUCUAUCCGACCCAACAAAACUACGACCGUCUACCGGGGUGGCUUGCCCCUUGCAACUCCCAACUACUCACACCUCAUCCCAUUUGGAUCGACUAUCUAGCCUGGCCACGCAUGCGUGAUCGUCUGGUGGUGUCUUACCUAGACUACCCGUUUGACAAUUGGCUCUUACCAUAUAGCCGUACUCUUUCACUGAACUGGCCCUAUGAGGCUGCAGACUGUCUACUCUGGACCGCGGACUCAGAUGAACUAGUCAUCAAUCCCGUCUUUGAGAAGCAUGUGCGUAACCUUUCCAAUUGGUCUCUCGGGCCCGCAUUUGCAGAAUCCUUCCCUUCCCUCGUCGAUACCACGAUAAUCAGACCGGAGAAGAGCACACACAAUGUUACUCAUUGGCCCACUUGA